AAAAGCUACGGUACGCUGCCUGCCUACCUUGAAGCUUUCUUCACCUCCAAGCGAUAACGAAAUCCUCCCUAUUUCCUCUCUCGUCUUCGAAAAUUCAUCUCCGCUUCUACUGCUACGAAACCUAGCUUCUCUCCCAGGGUUAGAGCUUAUUUUUGCAGUAGAUGGGGCAACAAUCGUUGAUCUAUAGCUUCGUGGCUCGAGGCACGGUGAUUUUGGCUGAUUACACCGAUUUCUCUGGUAACUUCGCGGGCAUAGCCGCUCAGUGUCUCCAGAAACUUCCUGCAACUAACAACAAGUUCACUUACAGCUGCGAUGGCCACACCUUCAACUACCUCGUCGAUAACGGCUUCACUUACUGUGUAGUUGCAGUGGAGUCUGUGGGGCGACAGAUUCCGAUUGCCUAUCUCGAGAGAAUCAAGGAGGAUUUUACCAACAGAUAUGGUGGGGGGAAAGCUGCAAUAGCGGUUGCUAAUAGUCUGAAGAAGGAAUUUGGGCCGAAGUUGAAGGAGCAGAUGCAGUUUUGUAUGGACCAUCCAGAGGAAGUCAGCAAGCUUGCCAAAGUGAAAGCUCAGGUUUCUGAAGUGAAAGGAGUUAUGAUGGAAAACAUAGAGAAGGUUCUUGAUCGGGGAGAGAAAAUUGAACUUCUGGUAGACAAAACAGAAAACCUUCGCUCUCAGGCACAAGUUUUCAGGCAGCAAGGGGGCCAGAUAAAGAGGAAAAUGUGGUGGCAGAACAUGAAAAUAAAGCUGAUAGUGCUGGCGAUCUUGAUUGUCCUGAUUCUCAUCAUAGUAUUGUCUAUUUGUGGUGGCUUCAAAUGCUGAAGAUGAUCUACCUUCACUUUUUUGGGGGUUACACGUACCAGGUUCUGCUAUAUAGUUUUUGGCUUCAAAUGACUGUAUCAUACGACAGUGCCUGUAUAGUUUUUUCUUUUUGAAUUAUUUACAAUUUCUUGACGUGUGCGGCCAUUCCUUGUUAUUCAUUUACUACUCGAUAUGUUCUUGGUUAAAUACAAUGAAUUUGAUUACCUCAAGAA